AUGGAUACAGAUUCGGUCGUCCCUCGGAUCUGUAACGGAUUUCAAUCACCCGGCAACGAACCUUCCAGAAACAACGUUUGCCUGAAUAAGAAGAAAAAGGACCUGCGGCGCUCAAGGGUGACGAGGUGGCGCUCCCACAGACCUCUAGCGUCACCUGACCUUGGUAACGUGACAGUUGCAGACAUGGCGGAAUUGGAUAGCUCAAAAUAUUUAAGUGGUUUAUUAAAUGGAAUUGCACAGAACACAUAUUAUGAAAAUAAAGAAAUAACAGAGGAAUUGCUGAAAAAUGAACUAUAUCCUGAUAUAUCGCAAGAGGAGUUCCAUGCUCUGCUUGAGAAAAUGAAGGGUGUUUUGAAGUCCAUCGCUUCGGCGGACAUGGACUUCAAUCAGUUGGAAGCCUUCCUGACAGCUCAGACCAAGAAGCAGGGAGGGGUGAGCGCUGAGCAGGCAGCUGUCCUGUCCAAGUUCUGGAAGAACCACAAGAGCAAGAUCCGCGAGAGCCUCAUCAGCCAGAGCCGCUGGGACAACAGCCUGCGCAACGUGAGCUGGAGAGUGGACCUGAAAACACAGAGUCGCCACGCCGACCAGGUCAGCGCCGCCGUUGGUGUGGUGGAGCUGGAGCUUGGAAAGACUGGAAAGGAAUCAGAGUUUAUCUGCUUGGAGUUUGACGAAGCCAAGGUGAACCAUGUUUUAAAGAAGAUGUGUGAGAUUGAGGAGAGCAUCAGUGCCAUAACACACAACAGCUAAUUUUUUUUCCAAGUACAUUUCUAGGCCUCUAGUUAAAUCUGCAAAUGUUCAUAACUAGUUAACGCAACAGAGCUGGAGGUUAUUGACGAAGAAGCUGGAAUUGUUUGUACUUUAGUUCACCUGUUUAUAUUAGCCGCCUCCAGAUCCCCUAUAAAUUAAACACACUUUCCAAACCUGGAAAUAGCCACCCAUUUGUUUAUCAUUUGUUAAAGAAAUGUCUGGCAUCCAGUAUGAAGUAAGGAAAUAAGUAUCCUUAACAUGUUUGAAUAUGUUCCCAAAAAAAAAAAAAAAAAAAAAGUUUGAUUUCAACUACAGCCUAUUUCUUACCCCUUACGUACUUACUGAAUAUCUUGGUAUCCCUGAAUAGAUGAACACGCUCCUUAAAUACACUGUAUGCCAAUUAAUUUAUUGCGCAAGCCAGUAUAUGUUAUUAGAUAUUUUCCUUGUUAGUUUUCAGGAAUUUUCAAGAAAUGUAGGUGUUAUGAGACACAGUUAGAAACAAUUCACAAAAAUGCAAACACAUUAGAUUCAACAAGUCAGUCCUACACUUGAUAUAGGCAUUGAUAUUGGCAAAGCCCAAUAAUGGACCAAAUCCUGGCAUUUCCUGUCCAUUGUUAACCUUGCUGACACAAAGAUACAAAGGUAGCAGAGAUACUAAGUAUUUUUUCAUGUGCAUACAAUCAUCGCUGUUAUUUCCCAGAUGUGAUAAUCUGCUCCAAUAAUGUCGCUUUGUCUUCCAAAUACAAGACCAAGGUUUUUGCUCUACAAGCAAUAAAAGCUCAGAUAUAUUAUACGCUGAUAGCAGUUACAGUACCUGUAUUCUAAUACUGAUGGCGAUUAGCAUUGAAAUGAUUUUCAAAAAAGGAAUUAUUAUUAUUUUUUUUUUAAACAAUGGAAGUUUCUAAUUUCAGUUUGAGUGCAGCACACAAGAUAUGAGCCCUUCCUCAAACGUACAUGUCAGUGAUGAAAACUUCAGCUCCAUAGCAACUGAGGUUUAUUUAAGUAUUUAGAAACUUAAAGUAACCUUGGUUCAUUUUGAAAAUAUGCUUUUAGUAAUUGUGAAAAAAGUGUAGUAUUUAAAAGAAAUGUGAGCACAGAACUAUGACUGUAAGGACAUUUUAAUUAUGGUACUGCUAUUCUGUAGCAGUUUAAAGAAGUUAAAAGUAAAACUGUAGUACAGAUGAUUUGUAAUGUUGGCAGCUUCAACAUGAACAUAAUUGUUUUUCUAUUUUUUAUUUUUAUUUUUUUUAUUUUUUGGUACUUCUUUAAGUAUAGUGCCACCAUAAUUCAGAUUUAGUCACCUUGACCUACAGUAAUUGUGUUUUCCCCACACUUCUGUGUAACUGAUCCCCAGUGAAUGGAGAGGGUGCAAGUCAGUUGUUACAUUGCCAUUAUGUCACUUAAUUUGCUAUUACUUCUCAUCUGUGUUAGUCCUACAAUAAGAGUACAACUUGUACAAAAGUAUAACAUUUUUCUACAGUGAUGCACAUACUAUAUUCUGUGUAUGCCUUUAUUUUAUAGAACAUUGUUGAUAAAUCACCAGCAAAUUAAAUUAAUAAAAAAAAAUACUCAA